AGGGGCGUUCUGCUUCCCUCUGCUCUCAUCUGGAUAACCACACGCCCUGCGGCAGCCAAUCAGAUCCCUGCUGAGUGUGUUGACAUGGUGACAGAGGUGAGAGGGUUCACCGACCCACAGAAGGAGGACUACUUCAGGAAAAGAUUUGAAGAGGAGACACUGGCCAACACAAUCAUCUCCCACCUUAAGAAAUCACGAAGCCUCCACAUCAUGUGUCACAUCCCAGUCUUCUGUUGGAUCACUGCUACAGUUCUGGAGGACUGCUUCAAAAAAUCCCAGAUGGGAGAAGAGAUGCCCAAGACCGUGACUCAGAUGUACAGCUACUUCUUGAGGGUUCAGUCCAUACAGGGGGACAGGAAGUACCAUGGGAGAGCUGAAACAGAUACAGACUGGAGUUCAGAGAGCAGGGAGAUGAUUGUUACUCUGGGAAAACUGGCUUUUAACCAGCUGGAGAACGGCAACCUGAUCUUCUACGAGGCAGACCUGGCAGAGUGUGGCAUCGAUAUUAGAGCAGCCUCAGUGCACUCAGGAGUGUUCACCCAGAUCUUUAAAGAGGAGUGUGGGCUGUACCAGGACAAGGUGUUCUGCUUUGUCCAUCUGAGCAUCCAGGAGUUUCUGGCUGCCCUUUAUUACAUUCUGUCUUUCCUUGACAUUGGUGUCAAGCUGCUCUCAGAAAAACAACAAACCUCCCGGGAACAGGAACUCCUCCUCCUCUACCAGAAAGUUGUGGACAAGGUUUUAAAGAGUGAGAACGGACACCUGGACUUGUUCCUCCGUUUCCUCCUGGGCCUCUCUCUGGAGACCAAUCAGAAUUAUUUACAAGGUCUGCUGGGAAAGACAGGGAGCGGCCCAGUGUUCCAACAGGGAAUAGUCUCAUACAUAAAGGAGAAGAUAAAUGAAGAUCUCUCUCCAGAGAGAAGCAUCAAUCUGUUCCAUUGUCUGAAUGAGCUGAACGACCGUUCUCUAGUGGAGGAGAUCCAACAGUCCCUGACAUCAGGAAGUCUCUCCGGAGAAGAUCUCUCCCCUGCUCAAUGGUCAGCUCUUGUCUUCAUCUUACUGACAUCAGAAGAGGAGCUGGAAAAGUUUGACCUGAAGAAAUACUCAGCUUCAGAGGAGGGUCUUCUGAGGCUGCUGCCGGUGGUCAAAGUCUCCAAAACAUCUCUGUUGAAUGGCUGUAAUCUGUCAGAGGAAUGCUGUGAAUCUCUGGCCUCAGUUCUCAGCUCCAACUCCUCUAGUCUGAGAGAGCUUGAUCUGAGUAACAAUUAUCUGAAGGAUUCAGGAGUGAAGCUGCUCUCUGCUGGACUGGGGAGUCCAUACUGUACACUGGAAAUUCUCAGGUCAGUUUUACUCAAGGUACAAUUACAAAUAAAUGCUGAAAAUCUAAAUUAUAUAACUCAGCUUAUAUCUCAGUACCUGUGAUGACCACAUUCAUGACUUUGGUAUCAUAUAAAGGCUACACUUUGUUGUUUAGGUGGAUAUUGUAAUACAUCCAUUUGCCUAGUUGGACGCCUAAGACCUCCUGAAAGCCUUAACAGCAAUUAUUUCCAAAAAAGAUUUGAAACCAGCAAUUGUCACACAAAAUGUAUUUUAAAAGCUUACUAUGUCCAGUAUUCGUUGUUCAAAUUAAAAAUAUAUAAACAGGAAUGUGAACAGGUUACAGAAAAAUAUUGUUACAUUGUGUAACCAGGGUGAAGAGACAACUCAUAAAAUCUUAUUGUGAAAUAAUAAAUAAGG